AUGGCACCAAAACGCCCCCAAGAUGCUAUCAAUACUUCUGCAUCUCGGACCGAGUCACCGGUCAAAAAGCGCAAGGGCUUUAGCGUAGGCCCUGCCAACCUCCCAGAUGGCACAUACCGGCGCAAAACCCAAAAAAUCAAGUCCGACCUGAUUCAAAAAGCCAAAGUCAAGAAGGCCUACGCCAAGAUCAAAGCCCAGGAACUGGCGAAUGCGCCUACCAAGUCUGUCUAUGACAACGCCGAUGAAGAAAAUGGAAAGACCAAAGAUCAGAAUGAAGCAGAGACAAGUUUGGAACUUCACCCGGACCGUGUGGCCAUGUUGAAUGAACCGGAGCCAGAUCCUGCUCCACGACUGGUGCAGCGCCCACAACGCCCACAGAAUGACGGCAAAAGGAGGGAGCGCAAACCGAAGAAAUCUGCUUUCACCAAGGAAAUCGAGAUAGCAGAGCAGCGAAAAAAGGCCGCCGAAGCACGCGAGAGGGAUCGUUUGGCCAAAGAGAAGGAGCGAGAGGCGAUGAACCGGGCUAAGCGGCCAGAUCAGUUUGGCAAGAGAAGAUUGGGCAGAGAGAGCAAUGCAUUGCUCAGUCGAAUCCAGAGGAUGGUUGGUCAGAAUUGA